CUGCCCUAACCUAACGUGAGGACCCUUGACCUCUGACUCAAAAUGGCAGCUCACGGAACUAUCGCUUUUGCAGUUUCCCUGAGGUGAACUAAGGCUGGUAACCCCGCGUCAUGUCGAAGCUAAGCAGGACCACUAGGGCCCUCAGAAAGCCCGAGGUCGGCGGCGUGAUCCGGACCAUCGUGCGGGCAGGCCAGGCCAUGUCCGGGCCACCACUGGGCCCCAUCCUGGGUCAGCGAGGAGUUUCCAUCAACCAGUUCUGCAAGGAGUUCAACGAGAAGACAAAGGACAUCAAAGAAGGCAUCCCUCUGCCUACAAAGAUCUUUGUGAAGCCUGACAGGACAUUUGAAAUCAAGAUUGGACAACCCACUGUUUCCUACUUUUUGAAGGCAGCUGCUGGGAUUGAGAAGGGGGCCCGGCACACAGGGAAGGAGGUGGCAGGCCUGGUGACCCUGAAGCAUGUGUACGAGAUCGCCCGAGUUAAAGCUCAGGACGAGGCCUUCGCCCUGCAGGAUGCCCCUCUGUCUUCUGUUAUCCGCUCCAUCAUUGGCUCUGCCCGUUCCCUGGGCAUUCGUGUGGUGAAGGACCUCAGUUCAGAAGAACUCGCAGCUUUCCAGAAGGAGCGAGCCACAUUCCUGGCUGCUCAGAAAGAGGCAGAUUUGGCAGCCCAGGCAGAAGCUGCCAAGAAGUGACCCCUGUCCUCCACAAUCUGGGAUUUUGAAGGGAGGUGCUGGGAAUGGAGCCAGUUGGGAAAGCUGUGCCCAAGGGGAGGAAGGGAGGUGACACCAAUCUGAUUAUUUCCCUGAUUUUAAAUUACAUGUUUUUACACAAAUGGCUGUGUCAAGGGAUCAGACCUAAAUAAACGUCCUUUGUCUCCCA